UUUGUUGAAGGCGGAAACGGUUAGUGUUGUCAGAAAUAAUUUCUGGAAAUUUCCUGUGCAUAUCUAGGCUUACAUGUGGAGUAAACAUGGCAGCAGACGGAUUAGUUCAAUGCUACAACAAAGGAUGUGGGAAACGAUUUGACCUGAACGCUAACAAUGAUGGGGACUGUCAGUACCAUCCCGGAGGACCUGUAUUCCAUGAUGCCUUGAAGGGUUGGUCCUGCUGUAAGAAACGAAGCACUGACUUCUCCGAAUUCCUUAGUAUUCCUGGUUGUACAAAUGCCAAACAUAAUGAAGUGAAACCUCCAGAGGCAGAAAAACAACAAAAACCUGACAAUGAGGUUAUUCCAUGUGAACCGCCUCGCCAGCCAGUGAAACCGAAGGAUCCCAAUGAUAGACCAUCUGCUAGCGAACCUAAACAAAAACUCAAGUGUACUAUAGGAGCAUCUUUAAAAACAGCCCUGGAAAAAAAACUCAAAGAGCUCAGUUUAAUUCAACAGAAUGCAGAUACAGAUGGAAAAAGCGGGGAAGUAAAAAUUGGAACAUCUUGUAAACGUAAUGCAUGUAAAUCUUGUUACAAUGGUGACGACAGUAACAAAGAGAAAUGCCUAUAUCAUCCUGGUACACCUAUUUUUCAUGAAGGGAUGAAGUUUUGGUCAUGCUGCCAAAGGAAAACAUCAGACUUUGAAAAUUUUCUUGAGCAGGAAGGAUGUGAGACUGAAACUCAUUUGUGGAUCAAUCCAGAGUCAAACAAACAAAAGAUAGCUUGUCGGACAGAUUGGCACCAGACCCCCUCCACUGUCACCAUCUCCGUGUUCACCAAAGUGGCCGUUCCUGAUAAAUGUCUCAUUGAAGCCAAUCAAGUCUCCUGCAAUAUCUUCAUUACAUUUGAAGGAGGAAAAAACAUAUAUGAAAGACAUAUAGAAUUGCGAGAGGUAAAUAUAUUCUAUGAAAACUACCAAAGUUGGUUUGCAUUGAGGUCUAGAAUUAUGUGAGCUGUUUGUGUUUGAACUAUCCAAGACCUUGAGAUGAACCUUAACAUUUGGAGCGCUUAAAAGACACUUGUACAGUUGGGGAACUUUUUAUUUAUCUGUAUUGGAGCUUAUCUGAGCCCCUUGACAGAUGUGCAGUGAUCCUGAAUUAAUACACAUAUAAAUGAAGUGAUCUCUAUAGGUACAAGUACAGUUGUAAUUUGGCGAGUUUGAUUGUAGACACAGAGAAUUGGUGAGUUUGAGUGUAGGAAAAGUCAGUUGGUGAGUUUGAGCGUAGAAAAAGUCAGUUGGUGAGUUUGAGCGUAGAAAAAGUCAGUUGGUGAGUUUGAGCGUAGAAAAGUCAGUUGGUGAGUUUGAGCGUAGAAAAAGUCAGUUGGUGAGUUUGCGUGUAUACACAGGGAUUAAUCAGAUUUAGUAGCAAUUGUAUUGUGAUGAGAUGGUAAGUAAGAAAAAACAGACACAAGAAUGAGAUUUAGAGAUGUUUAACAACUAUGUGAGAUGGCGAGUUAUAAUAGACAAACAUAGGCAUGAGAUUUAGAGGUAUUAAUACAGCUAUGUGAGAUGGCGAGUUAUAAUAGACAAACAAGGUAAUGAGAUUUAGAGGUUUUGAUACAGCUAUGUGAGUUGGCGAGUUAUAAUAGACAAACAUAGGCAUGAGAU